AAACAGCUUGAUUGCACUAAGAACUUCCUGGAAACUAUACCUCCUGAACUGGGCAGUAUGGUUUCAUUAGAACAACUUUAUCUAAGGAGAAAUAAGUUGUGCUACCUGCCAGAUUUUCAUUCAUGUACAUAUUUAAAGGAAUUGCAUGUUGGUGAAAAUCAGAUUAAAGUAUUAAGAGCUGAACAACUGAAGUAUCUGAAUUCCUUGUGUGUGUUGGAACUAAGGGACAAUAAGCUGAAAUCAUUGCCUGAUGAAAUUACUCUGCUACAGGGAUUAGAACGACUAGACUUAUCCAACAAUGAUAUUAGCAAUCUUCCUUGUAAACUAGGAAACCUUUCUCAGUUGAAAUUCUUAGCGCUGGAAGGAAAUCCUUUAAGAGCAAUCCGAAGGGAUAUUCUACAAAAAGGAACACAAGAAAUGCUGAAAUACCUUAGAAGCAAAAUACAAGAUGAUGAAAUAAUUAACCCAAAUGGAGAAUUUCCCGUGACAGCAAUGACUUUGCCAAGUCAAUCCAAAAUUAAUAUGCAUGCUAUUACUACGCUGAAGACAUUAGAUUAUAGUGAGAAACAGGCCGCUGUAAUACCGGAGGAAGUUCUGAAUGCAGUUGGGGACAAACCAGUCAGCAAUGUAAACUUCAGCAAGAAUAAUCUGACUGAAAUUCCAGCAAGGAUUGUGGAACUAAAAGAAUCUGUGAGCGAUAUCAAUUUUAGUUUCAAUAAGCUGUCUUCUGUUUCACUGGAGCUCUGUAUGCUUCACAGGCUGACACAUUUGGAUCUCAGAAAUAACGUUUUGACAUCUCUGCCAGAAGAAAUAGAAGCACUGGCAAAACUACGGAUAAUAAAUCUUGCCUUUAACAGAUUUAAAGUAUUUCCAAAUGUCCUCUAUCACAUCCUGACCCUUGAAGCCAUCCUUCUUGGAAAUAAUCAAAUUGGAUCCCUAGAUCCUCAGCAGUUAAAGAAGAUGGAAAAGCUCAGUACUCUAGAUCUUCAAAAUAAUGAUCUCUUACAGAUUCCACCAGAACUUGGGAAUUGUGAAAAUCUCAGAGUACUUUUACUGGAAGGUAACCCUUUCCGAACUCCCCGAGCAGCUAUUCUGGCUAAGGGGACAGUUGCUAUCCUUGAGUAUCUGAGAAGCAGGAUUUCUACUUCAUCUGUUGCUGCUGAUGUGAACUAAAAAGUGUGCAACAUCUUACUUUCUGAAGAACAAAGAUCAUGGCGUUUGUUGUUAUGAGAAACGUAACUUGAAAAUGCAUAUGCCAGGAAGUUGCUUAUAGGGUUCUCAAAGAUUUUAGUCUACUGCAGGCUGUCCUCGGGGCCAUACUUGUAUGGCAUAUGUUUGGGUGAUUGAUAUGUGACUCUACACAGCAAAAGCAAAUGGUUGCUUAUGGCCUUCUCCCCCCUCAACAUAUAUAUUUUGUAUGGACAUGUUCUAAUUUUCUACUUGGUACUUCUCAGCCAUUUAGAAUUCUGUUUGUUUAUAUGUUUUAAGAGCACCAAAAAUGUGUUUGCUAUUCAUGUAUACAACAUUAAGGCUUUGGUCCGAAGGCUGUUAGAGAAGAAGUGCAAGCUAAAGAUUUGCUUGCCAUUGGUAUUUUGGUACACGAAUGUAAUAUGUAUUUUAAAAUCAGAUUCAAUUUCAAAAACAGCAUUUAUACAUGUUUACAAAUGCAAAGAAUAUUUAUGGAACAAAAAUAUCCUCAAAGUAUCCUCAACUUUGGGGCUGGUAGGCUCUCAUGGUUUUUGUGAAUUUCAUAGGCAUCAUUGCAUAUAUUAGUUUUGUAAGAUGUAAACUGAUGAGGUUCCUUUCAUAUUUUUCGUCACAUAUAUCACAUUGUAAAUACCCUCUACCUUCCUUGUAUUCUGUCCUCUCAUAUGUUUUUUUUCUUAAUUGGAAUGAUACACAUGAUCCACUUAUUUCAUUGUGGUAUUCUGUUUGGCUUGCUUUCAGAUUAUUUUAUUCUGAUACAAAGUCUCUGUCUGAGUGAGAAUUCCUGACAAAUUCUAGUCCUGAAAUACUAAGUAAACAUUCAGUUAAUGGAUGAGUUGAAUCACCAGUGUUACGACUAAAGUUUUAAUUCCUUGUAUAAUACUAUCUGUUCAACAAUAUAUGGAAUUGUUUAUUUGUUUGAUGCUGGCGAGUACUGAGGGUAAUUGUGAAAGCUACAGUCCUAAUUGAAUCAAGCUUAAGAGACAGCUGGUUCUAGCUGAGGGUUGAGCAACU